AUGUUAGCCAGUGUUAAAGACUUUCUGCGCCGUCACAAACGAAAGUUUAUAGUGACUGGUGCCGUUUUUGGUGGCUUAUAUUUACUGACAAGCUAUGCUCAAAAGAAGCUCAGAGAAUGGCAAGAAAAAGAGGCAAAAAGAUUCUUUGAAAUGACUCGAAAAAAGCAGCACUUUGAGAGUACAGAACGCACUUGUAAUCAGACUAUUCUGUCAUUGUCAAAAAUUGUGACUGAAAGUAUUUUGAGUGUAUUAAACACUGAAGAAAUAGUUCAAAAAUUGCAAGAAAACCCACCAAAUAAAUUGGAAUUAUGGGAACAGUUGAAAAUCAUGAUAUUUACUAGAAUUUGUGUCCUUGUUUAUGCAUUAAGUAUAUUACAAGUGAUAUUACGAGUACAACUCAAUAUUAUUGGUGGUUAUCUAUACAGAGACUCUGUCCAUGAAGAAGAUCCUCUCAUAGACAGUAAUUUGCAGGCCAAAUACUUGUCUCUAUGUCACCAUUUUGUGGGUCAAGGUGUAGAGGAUUUGGUGAAACAGAUAGAAACUGUUGUAAAAAAGGUUGUGGAACCUAUGUCCCUAAAGAAAAAAAUGACACUACAAGAAGUAGAACAAAUAUUCUGGUCUAUACAAACUAUUCUGUGCACAGAUGUUUCACAUGGAGAUCCUGUCAAAAAUAUGGUGCACUAUCUGCUGUCUCAUACAGAAAUAAAUGAUGGUAAAUUAGAUACAAUUGUAAAGGAAACUAUGGAUGUUUUAGAAAGUGAGGAAGUUGCAUCUAUAGCUAUGUCGUCAGUAAGCCGAUGUUUUUCUUCUGUUAUUGACGAAGUGGCCAAACUUUUUGCAACAAAAGAUACCACGGUGACUAAAAAUCAUUUGGAAUUGAAUGUUAGUCAUGUUAUUACCAAUGGAGCUUUAAAACUAGGAGCAAACCCUGACUCUUUUGUAGAUGUAAACAAAGUAGAGCUAUACUUUGUAAAACUGCUCCCUGUCAUAAAUGAACUUGUUUCAAAGAAUAUGUGUAAGAGUAACACAAACAUUCCAGAUAUGUUAAUACAACAACUUACUCUAAAUGACAAAAUUAAGCUUUUAGGUGCAAAUAUUUAUGAAGUAUUUAGUAGUCACUAA